AUCGUAUUUCCUUUAUUAUACUUCUUUGGAUUCUGCGUAUUUACUCCUCUUUGCACGUAAUUUUCAUUCAACGUUUCAGCAAAGGUCUCCCUGGUAUGUCUGACUGGAAUCAAUUGAACACUUACUACCGUAUUAUAUACGACUACCUAAAACCAGAUCAAGUGAUAUCGUGUGCGGAAGGUGUAUUGCAGUCUAUUGUAGGGACAGCAAACUCAGACCAGGGCGACACUACCUUGGCAAGUAGUGACACAGCAAAUGCUCCAGGUCGGCUGUGUUUUGUGAACAGUCCUGUACAAGUGAGGGUUUUACUUGGAUUGCUUGCUUAUUUCUUCAUCACUAUUGUCCUUAUCCAUUUGGCCUGGCUUCUGUACGGAUUUGAUAUAAAUGAAUUAUUCGUACGAUCUGGAAUCCAACAGCCACAAGCUCAGCGACCUCGUCACAAGGCCAGUUAUAGUGAAAAGAUAUCUCGGUCUGCACAAGCUUCAAAUAUUCCAAUAAAUAAGUCAAAUUUCAUGGAUUAAAAGUUGAUAAUUAGGAAAAAAAAAAAGAGUAGUCUAAAUUAUUAAUUUAUCUUUUAAUUGAAAUAUUUCAACUUAAAAAACCAAAUCACGAUGCCAAAUAAUUUUUUUGAUAAAAUUAAACUAGAUCGCUUCUUUAGGAAAGCUGGCCCUGGUCAUAAAUUAGCACAAGAAAAAGAAAGUCAUGCCAGUUCAUCUUUGCAUUCCAAUUUAUCCGGUGGCCCUUCAUCAUUACCCACAGCCUCUAAAACAGAAUCAGAACAGAGAGCUGCAGCUGCUGCCAUUGCACGGUUCAAUCAAUCAAAAUCAGGGGAAUGCCGGCCUGUUAUGAAAACUAGAGUGCGUAGUGGAACUAAAACUAGCACCACAGACCACCAACAAUCUCCAGAUACUUCUGCCAAAGCAGGGGAGUCUGAAAAGAGUAACACCGAAAGUUGCCCCUUUCUCUUAUUUACAUGUCCUGAUAUUGGACCUGCAGUGCUUCCUAAACAAGAAAUUAAUGAAUAUAUCCGAGAGUUUCUAUAUAACUCCCUUGAAGCACAGCCUGAAAUGGCCUCGACCUUGAUGAUUCAGACUCUGAAUAAAAAUAAAGAAGCCGUAAAAGUUUGUGUUGACAUCUUAACAAAAUAUAUAGACAACCUUAUUAACAACCCCGGUGAGGAAAAAUUCAGGAAAUUCCGACUUAAUAACCGAGCGUUUCAGGAGAAGGUCAACCCUAUGGAAGGGAGUGAAGAAUUUCUACUUACUUGUGGUUUUGAGAGGAAAAGUCUAAAGCUUGAUGAUCAACCUGAAGAAAUGUAUUUUAUCAUUCCAGAAGAAAAAGCUCAAAACGUUGACUAUCUGAAACAUAUGAAAGACUGUCUUCUAUCAGCUGAACCAAUUCGACCUCAGCUUGAUCGAGCCUUGCGAGUAUAUACCCCUCAACAUAUGCCAAAUUUUGUAAUACCUGAUGACUUCUACAAUCUCACUCCAGCUGAACUCAAGAGAGAACAACAGUUACGUAGUGAAAACACAGAAAGGAUUGAAAUUCUUCGAACGAAAGCCAUGCGAGAACGUGACGAGAAACGAGAACUUCGUCGUUAUCGUUACACUAUGAUACGUAUUCGUUUUCCUGAUAGUGUUGUCUUGCAAGGAACCUUUUGGGCUCAAGAAAAAUUAAGUGAUCUGAGGAAAUUUGUACAAGACAAUUUAAGACUUGAUUGGAUACCAUUUAAUUUAGUGAAUCCAACAGGACAUAGACUUGAAGAAGACUUGACACUAAUUGAACUUGGCCUUGCACCAACUGCUGUGGUUAAUUUCAUUGUUGAUGAAGACAUAAUUAAUGAUCUGGCCCUUCAGCCAGGAACUGCUAAUAAAGCUGGAUCAUUUUUGAAGUCUGAUAUUCAAUGCUUACUUCAGGAAUUUCCCUAAAUUGCCUUAAUAUUAUUUUUGAACAUUAAUUUAAAACAAAAAUUGAAAAUUAAAAAACAAAAAAAAAAGCAGAAGCAAAAACAAAACAACAAACAUACUAAAACACAAAAUAUUUCAAGGCUCACUUAUCAAGGAUACUAUAUGUUGAAUAUUUUGAACUGAUUUAAAUGACUGAUAUAUCACUGGUUAAAUUUUUAUUAUCAGAACACUUUUCCUGCUUACUAACACUUGACAAGAUCGUUUUUUAGAGUAACUCUACAAGAAAAAAUAUUCUAUUUUCUAUUUUUCACCAAACCAUGUAAAUUCAUUAUUAAGUUCAUGUAGUGUGCAUUUCCCAAUUGAGUUAUUUGAAAUUGAAGAAAUUUAUCAUAGAAUAUUAAUCAGCGAUUAUUAUAAUUGCAGCCAUGUAAGGUAUUUGUGAAAACUAGCCGUAGAUAGGAAUUAUAUAACAUUAUUAUAGACUAAUGCUUUUAAUGCGCACCAACUUGAGAGCCCCACUGAUACAAGCUUUCCAUUUUGAAGUGUCCAAGUCUAAAUAAAAACUUUCCAUUGUAACUUCUUGUAAGGACCUUUGCGCUGGCUCAGUCAUGUACAUUGCAUGCUAGAUGAAACGAUCCUGAAAGACCUCCUGCAUGGAGAAUUGUUUUAAGCCACUGUUAAUUAUUUUAUUAAAUUUAUCAUUAUUUUCUAAAUUAAUUGAAACAGCAGCAGUGUAUUUCAUUAGAAAUAUAACUACAAAUGGGUUAAACCCAAAUCACACUAACAUUCAUUGCUGCAGUUGUAAAAAGCAGUUUCGCUCAAAUAGUAGAUUUUGACAAUCUAAUGGCUUGUAUUAGUCAGUCUGUCAGUAAUAACUUGAUAUCAUUAUAAACUAUAUGCAAUAAAGAUAAUCAGGAAAUGGUGAGAAUGGAAGAGACUUCAGUUUAGUAACCGUUUUAAAUACCAUUUUAUGAAGAAUGAACUUUUAAUUUUAGAUUUGUAUUAUUUUAGGGAAGUGCAAUGGAUGUUUAUCUGUAAAGGAGAAGAAGAAUAAAAAAAAUAAAUUUUUGAAGCAUUUUAAAA